AUGAGUUCAAGUGUAUGCUACAAGUGUAACCGCACGGGGCAUUUUGCCCGCGAGUGCACACAAGGCGGCGGUGUCGCCUCCCGCGACUCCGGCUUUAACCGGCAACGCGAAAAAUGCUUCAAAUGCAACCGCACUGGACACUUUGCACGCGACUGCAAGGAAGAGGCUGAUCGUUGCUACAGAUGUAACGGCACGGGGCAUAUAGCGCGCGAGUGCGCGCAGAGCCCUGACGAGCCGUCGUGCUACAACUGUAACAAGACUGGGCACAUUGCGCGGAAUUGUCCAGAGGGGGGACGCGACAGCUCAGGGCAGACUUGUUACAAUUGUAACAAAUCGGGUCAUAUAUCGCGCAACUGCCCGGAUGGCACCAAGACCUGCUAUGUCUGCGGGAAGCCCGGCCACAUCUCGCGCGACUGCGACGAGUCGGAGCGGAACUAA